UAAGGCCGCUGGUGUGAGCCGGGGCUCGGCGCGAGCGAGGGACGACGGAAGGGACGGGCAGGUGUGGGCGCGGGGCCACGCAGCCCGACGGCGGGAGUCGCAGGUGCUGGGUGCAUGGGCCAGUGAGGACGCACAGAGAUCCCUCGCCGCGCGGAGGAGGAGCAGCGCGGGAACCAGGCGCUGCCCCACGACCCUGCGUCCUAGCGAGCGGAACCUCGCGCUUCGCCCGGGGACAGUCCGAAGUCCGCGCUAUGGAAGAGGAGAAAUAUUUACCUGAGCUGAUGGCAGAGAAAGAUAGCCUGGAUCCAUCUUUUGUGCAUGCAUCGCGCCUUUUGGCAGAAGAAAUUGAAAAGUUUCAAGGUUCUGAUGGAAAAAAGGAAGACGAAGAAAAGAAGUAUCUUGAUGUCAUCAGCAACAAAAACAUAAAGCUAUCAGAAAGAGUACUGAUUCCUGUCAAGCAAUAUCCAAAGUUCAAUUUUGUGGGGAAAUUGCUUGGACCAAGAGGAAACUCCUUGAAGAGGCUACAGGAAGAAACAGGUGCUAAAAUGUCUAUCCUGGGCAAAGGAUCAAUGAGAGAUAAAGCUAAGGAAGAAGAACUAAGGAAGAGUGGGGAAGCCAAAUACGCCCACUUGAGUGAUGAGCUUCAUGUAUUAAUUGAAGUGUUUGCUCCACCUGGGGAAGCUUAUUCACGUAUGAGUCAUGCAUUGGAAGAGAUUAAAAAAUUCCUGGUUCCUGACUACAAUGAUGAAAUUCGUCAGGAACAACUACGUGAAUUAUCUUACUUAAAUGGCUCAGAGGACUCUGGUCGUGGCAGAGGUAUUAGAGGCAGAGGGAUCAGAAUAGCUCCCACAGCUCCUUCAAGGGGCCGUGGGGGUGCCAUUCCUCCUCCCCCACCACCUGGACGAGGUGUUCUCACCCCUCGGGGAAGCACUGUAACCCGUGGAGCGCUUCCAGUGCCACCUGUAGCAAGAGGUGUCCCUACCCCUCGAGCCCGGGGGGCACCAACAGUGCCAGGAUACAGGGCACCUCCUCCUCCAGCCCAUGAAGCUUAUGAAGAAUAUGCAUCAUGUGUCAGCUUACCUGGAGGUCCAGCGGAUAAGAAAAUAAAUGAAGUUCUGACUUCUUCUCCUUCCCCAAAGAGCAACACUCACAUCCCUACUUCUACAAAGUUAGUCGGGGGAUCACAGGCAGCCUGCGUUAACAUCCUCCUCCCAACUGUAACCUAGAGGAAGAGAGGGACUUUGUGCGUUUUGAGCACCACGGUGAAUCCUGGGCUUUGCAAGUCAUCUAGUGCAGAGCUAUUCAAAGAAUGACCUAAUGAUGUUUAUUACCUAAUGGGUGAAACUAUAACUUAUAUUUGUUUGUUCUAAAUAUGCUUCCCUGAAACCCCAAAAUGUAUAUACUUCCAGCACGAGGUGAUUGAAAUAAUCAUUGACAUGGCUGUCCUAUAUUUUCUAAUGAAGUAAACAGUUGAUAUAAUUUUAUAUAGUCUCAAUUAUUUCCUUGCUAAAAUUAUGUUCUGAUAGAUAUCGAAUAAUUGAGGGAAAGAACACAGGCCUUGGCAUCUUCUAGCUAGCUAUGUCGUGUUAGGAUGUGUUCACCUUUAAUAUUGCUUUGGGUUCUGUAACUCACACUAAAAAAAUUAUGAAAGUACUCUGCUUUCAAAAAACUUCCCAAAUUUUAUGGUAAGGGUUUGUGAGUAGAAAUGUCUCCCAAAGAGCCACUGCAUUUUAUACAAAUAAUUGUUUCAAGGGCAGAUAGGAAAUAGUGAAUCAUCCUAUUAUUUUAAACACUCAACGUGAGUUUCUUUAGAGGCCAAAAAGAUCAAAUUUAUAACUAAUUAACGAAUACUACCUGUAUGGGGCAGGUUGCUAGCAUCGACCAGAUGACACACUCACUGGGGUAAACGAAAAGAGCUCAACAAAGGGUCCAUUUCAACUAGGGAUGGUGAAGUAGCCAGAAGCCAGUAACAGCAGGAAGCUUUAAAACCCCUUCUCUGAAAGGGCAAGCAGGAGGCAAUGUUAAGAAAUCUGCAAAAGCAGCCACCAUGAGAGACUGGCUAUCAGACAGGAGCCACUGUCAAACCUUGGCCCAUCAGAAGAGAGCAGAUGUGGCAGUGGGAGAUAUACAUCCUCAUCUUUUUCCCUUCCUUUCCUCUGAUUUCUUGCCAGUGCCUGCUCCUGGCUUAACAUAGGAAAAAGCCAGGUGUUAAGAGAGCUUGGGUCUCUUAACAGAGCAGUCUAGAGAGGUCUCCUGGUGUACAGAGAAGAGUGGAUGAGACAAAUUUUAACUAUGGGAAGCAAAACCUAAAAUAUGCCCAUAAAACCCCUAAAAAAUGCCACAGUUCUUUACAUGAAGACCAGGUCCAAGGACUAAAAAUAAUUUAGGGGAAAAAUAAAAUAUUUGGAAAACUCCUUCUUUGAUUAUUUGCAACCCAGAAGUAUUUUUACAUCUAUGUUGUCAGGUUAAGAAUGUCCUGUCUCUCCAAGACAGAGAAAUCAUCCAAAUGUUGGCAUCCGAAUCUAGCACUGCUUCUUACAAAGUUAUUUAACCAUCAGUUUUACAAUGCUUAGUAUGUGGCAGGUACUGCUCUAAAAAUUUUUUAAAUAUUGACUUAUUUAAUUUAAUCCUCAUACAGUGAUGUGAACUAGGUUCUAUUCUCAUCAUCCCCAUUGAGUACACGAGGACACCAAGACUCAAAGAGGUAAAGUCGCUUUCCCUAGUCCACAUAGACAAUAGAUGGUGGAGCUACCAUCUGAACCCAGAUUCUUGGGCUGCAGUGUCUGUGUUCCUAGCCAUUAUAAUGUGCCACACCCUUAUGGGGGACUUGUUGCAUGACCACAAGCACAUAUAAAUUUUAAACGGUAACUAUGUCAACAGAUCAAAAGGAAUGAUUUUUCUUAGAUGAAUUUUUACAACCCUCUUAACUGCGUUCAUUUACUUUUAAGACCUUUAAAGAAGAAAUGUAUUUUCUACUCAAAAUCAAACUAACUACAAAAAAUAUUUAGGAUAAUUUUGGUGUAAGUACACAUAGGUUGGCGUGCUAUUUGUCAGAGCUAGAAAUUUAGAGGUAUAUUAGAGGAUUAAGCAUGAUUAGAUGCAGAAUUAUGGCAGCUAUUUAUGUGAGCAAAUUCAGCAUUUACACCAUCAAUCCCAAGGACUCAGAAUAUGUUUUGCCUAUGGAAACACUAUUUUAAAUUGAUAAUUCAUUUCAUUUCACAAGAAAGAAAAUGUGCACUUUGUCAGAUGACAAUUCUUUGAAAAACAUAAUUUUUAAAGGCUGCAAUGACAUUUUACAGAAAUACUGUUUUAGCAUAAAUUAGUUUCAUUUUCAGACUAUAUAUUCUUUUUCUACAUGCUUUUGUCUAAUGAAAUAAUUUCCUCCUUGAUUUCAACUAAAAUAACAUAAAUAUUAAAAUGAAGAUUAACUUUGUGAUAAAAAGGUUUGUAUCUCUGAAAAUUUUCCAGAUAAGAAUUGUGAAAUGAUAGAUUUUAAUAACCUAUAGCAUAGGAAUUUUCCCAGUUUUAAUACUGGUGAAUAUUUGGCAAUGUGGACACUUAGCCAUUUGAAUGACAUGACUAUGAUUAAUGUACUACUCUUGUUUUUAAAAUGUGCAGUAAAUUUGAUUUUUAGGAAGCUUAGAUUUCUGGUAAAUAUUUAAAUAUUGUGCAUAAGCAGGUAUUUGCAGACAAUCUAUUUAACAAAUGAAUUUGACCAUAUUAUACUGUUAUCUAUAACAAACAGAAAUGAUUUAAUGUCAUAUUAAUAAAACUUAAAGCCUCCCUAGUUAUGUAUGUUAUAUGAAAUUUUCAAAGUAUCUUAAAUUUCCUGAGGCAUUUGAAAGUGGAAAUUCUAAAAUGCAUGUUUUUCCAUGUUCCAAUUUUAGGGCAAAGUAGAAUCCUGCACUUUCAACAGAUGUUGAUGUCUUAGUCCAUUACACUGCUAUAAAGAACUACCCGAGACUCGGUAGUUUAUGAAGAAAAGAGGGUUAAUUGACUCACAGUUCCACAGGCUUAACAAGAAGCAUGGCUGGGAGGCCUUAGGAAACUUACAAUCAUAGCAGAAGGCUGAGGGGAAGCAAGCACAUCUUCACAUGGCAGCAGGAGAGAGAGAGAGCAAGAAGGGGGAGUGCUACACGCUUUCAAACAACCCGAUUUUGUGAGAACUCUAUCACGAGACAGAACAAGGGGGAUGGUUCAAAACCAUUAGAAAAACACCUUCAUGAUCCAUUCACCUCCCACCAGGCCCUCCAACACUCAGGAUCACAGUUUGACAUGAGAUUUGGGUGGGAACAGAGCCAAACCAUAUCAUUUGACUAGACAAGAUGAAUAAAAAUUGGAGCAUAAGCUUUACCAGAUUCAGAGCUUUGUUUAUUGUAAACACAACUGCUUAGUGCUCUGACAAUACUCUUUGAACUUUUAAAGUCAUGCAUAUCUUGUAUUAUUAAAAUUAAAAAAUUUUCUUUUGGGAAAACUCUGAAGAUAAAAGUAAAUAUUUUCUGUUUGGUUUUUGUGUCACCAAAUUAAAAAAGAAUUGAUUGUUAAUAUUUCUACAUGAUUUAACUUGGAUCUCACAUUUUGGAGCAUGUUAUUUCAGACAUUAUUUCUUCAUUAAGAGACUCAUAUACAUAUUUUACUGGUUUUUGAUUUCUCAGUUUUAAUUUUAUAAUCUGCAAAUUUUGAGUAGCCACACAUUUUUGAAAACUGUAAAUUUGAACAACCUAUACUUCAGGUACAAGGUCAUCUUAAAUCGACAUACUCAGAAGAUAAAAUGUAUGUUACAAGGAAGCAACAAUUCGUCAAUACAUCCCAACAUUCAGGAAAAGCAAUAGAUAAUGGAAAACCAUUUUGAAGCAAUUACCUCACUGAUGAGGAUAAUCAUAAAAUGAACUGAUUUGUUAUAAUGAGUAUCAUGUUCUGAGAGAAAUAUCGCAUACUAAGACAAUAUCCUGGAAGAAAUAUUCUAUUUCUGAAUUUGCUCACUUGGCACAUUAGACUAUGUCUUUAACCAUCAGAUAAAUUCUUCCCAAUCUCUGCAAUCUCUUUAUAUAAAGAGAGGACUUCUUUACAUAAAAUUUGUAUAAAGAAUAGCAAUGAUAUUCUGCAAAAGACUGAAUGCACAUGCUUUAUCAGAAAAUGUAUUUAGUUUUAGCUUAAUAUCAAAAAUUAUAUACAACUUUUUAUAGGGUUCCAAUAUAAACUGAAUUUUUCCUCACUGAUGAUCUGGGGAAAACCUUUAGUGAGAACUAAGAGAUGUCAGCAAUGUGUUAUGUAUGUCUCCCCAACCCUCCUUCCUUGGUUGUGGUGGAAUAUUAAAGCAUUCUCAUGGCCCCUUUGCAACUGAGUCUAGUCAGAAACAUAGAAUUUACUUUAACUCAGUAAAACCCAGCAACCAACACCUAUCAGCUAGAAUGACCCCAUCAUGCAUCAUUUAGCAUAUAUAUGUUAACCUAGGCAUUGUGUCAGACACUGGAGAUUUAAUAGUAAAAAAAAACUACCCACAUAGGAAUGGUGCCUGUCCUUAUGGAGAUGACCAACUGGUGGAAUAUAGAGUUACAAAUCAGAGAGCUAAUUAUGAUACACUGUUUCAAGGAUUGUAAUAGAAAUAAUAUGACUUAUCAUGGGUACAGAGAAAAGAGACACUGAUCUCUUCUGAGGGGAUGUGAGAGAGUAUUUAGUUGAGGUUAUAGCCCAUGUCACAGCUUAGAGAAUGAAGAUAGAGUCUGAGAAGGAGAGAGCUUGUUUGUAAGACUACAUUGCUGACAUAGUGCAGAGAACUGAACACAAAAGCAUAGAGUAGGGAAUAGAAAUAGGUUAGCUGGAGAGUUAAGCUAGGGCCACAUAAAUAAAUAAGAAAAAUUUUAGGGUGAUUUAAGAAUUUAGACUUCACCCUAAGAAUCAUGGAAAACCAUGAGAAGAUUUUUAAGUAUGCUAGAAUGAGACCUGAGUUUUGUGGAGAAUUAGUGAGAAGAGUAGAAGAUUGGAAAGGAAACCACAUUAGAACAUUGAAGCACUGAUGAAGAUGAUAGAAAAUGGCGAUCUAAUACAAGGCCGAAGGUACUGGGGUUGAGGAAAAGUCAAGAGAUUCUUGAAAUAUUUAGAGAAUAAAGUUAACAGGACUCAGUGAUUAACUGGAUAUAGAAAGGGAGGAGGUUAGAGUGUUCAGUCUUCUUGACUUGGGAAACUGGGUAAAUGUCGACAUCAUUUGCUGGGAUAGGCUACAGUAGGAUGAAGAAACAAUUUGGGAAAAGAAGAUGAACUUAGUUUUGGAUAGACUGAUUUGGAGGUACCUAUAGGUUAGCCUAGAAAAGAUAACUAAUUGGCAGUGGGCAAUACAGGUCUAAAGUUUAUCAGAAAAAGUUGGUUUGGAACCAUACACCUGGCGUUUAUCCCUAGAGAUGGCUAUGGAAGUCAUUGAAAUGAAUCAGGUAAUUUUGUUUCUGAGAGUAUUUUAAGAAAAGAGAAAAUGGAAGAAUCUCAAAUAAACACAUUCAAGGGAAUUCAUGAAAAUUCUUUAGAAAAUUUGACAUAAUGGGUCAACUAUGUCUUCUGACUACAUAAAUGAAGACAUUUUUAUCUGGAGUGUGCAUACUAGCAGGUUCAAGCCUUAAACAACUUCAGACACCUAUAUAAUCUGUACUAUGUUGAAUUCUUACUCUAACAGAAAUACCAGUCAUUGGUCUCUAAUGGAAAAAUAAAAUCUUAGCAAUGUGACACCCACUAAAAAUGGAAGCAAUCCAUAGGACAUCUAAAACCUAGCUAAAAUAAAUUCAUAGUUUCCAAGGCUUAUAAGUGGAAAAAAAAACUUUAUUGCAGCAGUAAAAUGAGUCUCCAACACUCAUCACUCUAGCAACCUGCAGAUGCAUAGUGGGAACAUAGCCAAGGAAAGAUAGAAAGAGUCUGCUUGCCAACAAAACUUUCAUCUUCAAUUCAGAUAGUUGAUCUUAGAAGUGUCAUCUUACCUUUUAUACGCUCUCAGCAUUUUAAGUCAUUGAUACCUGUGCAUUAGCAUUAAAAUGUUUCCACAUAGAUCCAGCUGAGUCCUCACUCAUAUCCUGUGUCCACUAAUGAUACAAUGCAAUUACACAAGUUCUACAGAGGACAUUAAAGCAAUCCUUAAAUUUUAGCAAAUAUAAAAAUUAUCUUGAAAGGUUACUAAAAUGCAAUGUUGCAAACCCUAAUCUACACUUCCUGAUGUAAGAUGUCUUGCUAGUAGGACCCAGGUUUUUAUACUGUUUAAAUAGCACCCCAGUAGAUUCUAACAGAGGUGGUCCACAAGCUACAUUUUGAAAACCUCUAAAGUAAGAGAGAGUUGAAAGUCUAGUAUUCAGGUUACUGAGGGGUGCAGUUGUUUAAUUGAUGAGGAAACAUAGAUAUCUCUAAUAAUGCUUAAUCUUAUGGAACCAAGGGAAAAAAUAAUAGACAAACAGGUUUAAAUCUCAAUUCAUUCAGCUUACAUAGUCAUUCGAUACAGAUUUCCCAAUUCUGAGUGAAAUUCUCCUCACACAGUCAGUAGGAAUUUAGUCAGCCCCAUUAGAGUAGAUGUAAGAAACAUAAAAGGAAAGGGUGCCACACAUAUAUGGCUAUCCAGGUAGCACAUUGAUUCUCUCGAUUAUCUGUUGUUUACUACUAUUCAGUUUAUCUCCAAAAUAACCUGUUAUUAAAAACCACAGACCUAAUAAAUAGUUUGACUAAAUGUGUCCCACAUGCAUGGAGAAUACCAUAAGAAAUCUGCCAGCAAAUGAGAUCCCUUCUGCAUAAAUGGAUUGUGUAUGUCUGUAGUCUGCAAAUUUACAUUAAAACAGGAAUACAAAUGUGACUUCCAGAAAACACCUAUGAGCAAAAAUUAUUCCUGACAGGAAGCAGGGAUUGGUUUGACCCUCUAAUUAGUUUAUAUUUCAUCAAUUCUAAAUUGAUUUUCCAGAAGUAAACUCUCCCUAAGAUCCGAAUUUGUUAAUCUGACUAACUGCUUAAAAUAGCCAAAAUAUAAUUUCUGUUCUAUAACCUCAGGCCCUGUCAAACCUAUCUUUUCUUGAAUAUUCUUCAUCUUCUCUAUAAUAUCUCUAUUCACCCACUGCUCAAGCCCAAAAUCUUAUAUUUCAUACUAUGUUUCUCUAUUUUCUCACCUCCCAAAUCAAAUCCAUCAGGAAGUGAUUUUGGUUACACUUACAAAACACAUCCUGAAUGUCCCCAUCCAUGGUGUGGUCUGAUCUGAGCCAUCAUCCUUCCUCAACUAGAAUCUCAUGAAAGUCUUCUAGUGUCAUCUAAUGGAAUUCAAUGUCAUCCCAUGGUAAUUUGAAAAAGUUAACCACAACUCUUUUCACAACUGACCAAAGCUACUUGCUAGCAUCUCCAUUAACUUUCUUUCUGGCUCAGACAAGUGGCUUUGUGCAUAUUGCAAGCAAGGUUCUUGAAACAGACUGCCCAGGCUUGCAUCUUGGCUUUACCACUUUCUAGUUUGCACGAGUUAAUGAACCUUCCUGUGCCUUACCUGAAAAUAAAGGAUAAAAUGCUACACACUUCACAGGGUGUUUGACAAUGCUUUUUAUUGUUGAGAACUUCACUUUUGUUCAUUAUUUGGGACUUUGGCACCUGCUAGUUCCUUUAAUCAGACUGCUUGUUCCCAGCUCUUGGCUUGGCCGUUUUAUUCUUAUCAGUUGGUUUCAGUUAGAAGUCAGCUGUUCAGACUUAUCUUGCCUCAUCUGCCUGCCUAUUUCUUUCAAAUCUCUUAACAUCAUCAAUUAUCAUGUUCAUUUGUUUAUUUUUCUGUAUGUCUUCACCUAAGUGCUAGGAAAUGGAAAAUUUGCUUUCUCUAAUAUUGAAAACAAUAUUUAUAAACAUGAAUCAAAUUUAACGUAAGGCCCUAUUUGGGAAGAACAAAAUUGUUUGUGGACCUCAUUUUAUCUCAGAAAGAACAGUGCACUCAGUUACUAAUCAAUAAAACAAGCAACAAAAUGCCAAAAACACAAUAUUGAUAUUGUUUAUAGAUAUAUCUGUAUACAGCAUUAAGAAUGGACAGAUAAGAUAUGUAUCAACUUGAGAACUGUGUAUGUCUCUCAGGAAAGAAAGAGGGGAAGAAAGUCACAGUAGGGACAAAGUAAGCUCCAACAUUUUGUUUUAUUUCCUUAAGUUACAUUAUAUUUGAAAAUAUUUUGAGAAAUUAAUAUUGAAAUGUUUUUAUUUAAAUUAUCAAUUAAAAUUUGGUGUAAAAAUUAUUUCCUGAAUCCCUUAUUCUCCUAACCCUUCAUUUGGCCUCAUCUGAAUAUUCAUUUCCUCAAGAUUGAUUUGUAUGAAUGAAAUCAUUUUAUAGUUUACACAUUAAAUACCUCCUGCCUUUCAAAAGGGCUAAAGAUUUCUCAGUGGUUAAAAUGCAUUAAGAUAUUAUAGCUAAAAUAAGCAUUUUUAGAAGAAAAAUAUAUUGGAAAAAAUUAAGAGAAAAAAAGAGAAAUUAGAGGAAGUAGUUAAUUCAAUUAUUCACUAAACUAACUACUGAGGGUAUUAUAGAUUUUCCCGAACCUUUUGGGCUCCAAAAACGCAAUUCCUAGUAACAUACAUAAGAAUGUAUAUUUUCUUUGACCUAAUAAUCAGAUUUUGAGGAUAUUAUUCUGAGGAAAAAAUAUCGCUCAAAGUAACAAGGAAAAACAUUGUUAGGGGGAGAUAAAACUGGGUGGUAUAAUUUUUAUGCUUAUUUUAUUCACUUUGGGGAUCUGGAAAUCCAGUUUUACUAUCCUUCAGGACUUGGCAGAUUCUGGGAAAAUGGCUUACAGUAACCAAACCUACAGGAAAUGGAUGAGUAUAAUAAAAUAUUAAUUUCACCAUUUACAAAAAGAGGCACACAUUUUCAUUGACCUUUUUGUCAUUCCAUUGUCCAGUGUCAAAAAUGUGUGGUGAACGUGGAACAACAACAUGAUCUUGAAGUGCAUUUCUUCUAGGUACUGGUAAAACCAUAUGAAUUCACUCUAGCCCAGACCUAGUAUGAAGAGACCAGGAUCCUUCAUUUCCUGGAUACUACUUCCUUAAGUCUGUCAGAGAUAGUGCAGAAUUAACACUCCCAAUUUUUUAGCAUUGGCGCUUCCACUUCUCUUUUUAAUCAUUAUUUCUUCUAUUCAUCUUAGUAUAUUAUAUUAAAUUUCAACAACUUCUUGAGUCCCUAAUGUCUUUUUUCUAUCCUUUUCUCUUCCCCUGUCUCUGCAUUGCCUACUAUCCAUUUUUUUUUUUUUUUUUUUUUUUUUACUUACAGAGGUUUUCUCUGCCCAAUAUUCUUAUUUUAACAAUUGAAAGGUCUUUUUUUAAAAAGGAAGGCAGCAAAAUAUCCUUUCUGAAUGGAACUGAUGUGAAGAACAGUAGAGUUGCAUCUUACUUAUCAUAGUAGAUAUUAUCUUGGCAAGUUGAAUAAGAAAUAAUAAGUGAAAUUCCUAUGUAAAUUUGUGGCACUUUUAGGGAUUUUUCCCUGUGAUUCAAGCCUCUGGGUUUUAAGACGGGAGAUGUGGACAAUGUGCUAAAAAUAUUUAAUGACUUUAAUCUAUGGGAGUUGUCGAUCAAAAUACAGAACUCCACAUGGACAGCCUUAGGCAUAUCAGCACCCUAAUUACAGAAAGUCUGGCCUGUCACCAAUGUUUCAACACUUGAUUUAUUUCCUGUUCAAUUUGUUCAAUAGAGCCAGAGUUAAUUGGUUUUCCAAAUGAGUGUUAAAAAUAUAAAGAUCUAGCUUCAUUAAGUGGAAGCUAUACUUAUUAUGCACCAAUGACUUGUAAGUCUAUGUAAAGGCUAGUAGGGUGAAAUUUCAGGGCAUUGCAUACAAAACCACAGCUUUAAGUUGGCACUAAUAUGGCUAAUAACUAAUAAAUAUCCAAAGCCAUAAUGGUUCAUAAAAACAGAAAAGUUUAUGAACUAAAAAUUCUCUCCAAAACCGAAGGUAUUUAAACAGACUGUGUAAAACAUAGCAUUGUAUUUUUCAAAUCUAAUGCAUUUUACUUUCUUUAGAAAGAGAUAUUUAGAUUUUUCUUAUAGCAAACGAAAAAAAGUCUAAUAUACCAUUGGAUAUGUAGCACACUGUGAGUAUUUUUAUAUAGUGCUUAGUAUUUCUAUAAUUGCCAUUCUUCUAUGGUACAGCAAUGAAAUUAAUGUGAUAUUUUGACACCAUAAGUGACAAAUGGAGGACUAGACAAAGAAAGUUAAUAUGUAUUGGGAUAGUUCUGGGCUCCUAAACGGACACAAGAAAAUCAUAAAGUGGUGAUUUUCAUCUUACCAUUUUCCACAAUAAGUGCUUUUUAAAAAAACUUGAACACCAUCAUCAGUAAUGUACUGUCAAAUGUAAUUCUCAAGAAAUAGAAUCAUCAUUUUGGAAUUGAGUCAUCAUUCAGGGGGCAGCAUUUACAUUCUUUGUAGAAAAACUAGAGAAAUGUGAUUGCUUUGUGGAAAGUUUUUUUAGAAAACCUGAAUAUUAUCCACAAAUAUAGAACUCAUACCUCUGUACCUCUCCUUAAUGUUUCAGCCAUCAUUACCACUUUCCUUGUUUUUUGAUACGGUGGCAAAAUCUCACCAGGUAAGUUGUCUCAAGUAGAAAUGCUAAAGAUGGAAAUGACUAACUUCUAGCUACUGCAUAAAUUGUAAAAGUGUAUGGUUUAAAUUAAGACAACACUCAUAGAUUUAAGAGGAAUAUUUUUCACACUAAAAUAUUAAUAUAAAAUGUAUGUGGGAGAGUUCUAAAUGUCACCUUGAAUGAAUAUGGUGACUUAAUUUUGUUUCAUUAUGUAAUAUGGCAUUCUACAUUUUAGUAGAUUUAUUCUUUAAGAAUAAAUGAGUCUGUCUUUGCAAAACUGGAUUUUCAAAACAGAUAACACUUGUAUUUGUUUCAUAGCAUUGUGAUAACGAAGUACCACAAACUGGGUGAGUUAAAACAAAAGACAUUUAUUUUUCUCAUAGUUCUGGAGGCUAGAAGUCCAAUAUGUCAGCAGGGUCAUACUCCUUUUAAGACACAGGGUAGAAUCUUUCCUUGCCUCUCCCUGACUUCUACUGUUGGCCAUCAGUUUUUGGCAUUCCUUGGCUUGCAGCUGCAUUACUCCAGUUUCUUCCUCUGUCUACACAUGUAUUCUCUCUGUAUGUCUCUGUCUUCACAUGGGCAUCUUCCUUCUUCAUAUUAGGACACCAGCCAUAUGGGAUUAGGAUCCAUGCUAAUCCCAUGGAUCCAAAUUUGAUUAUAUCUAAAUUUGAUCUGCCUCCAAAUUUGACUAUAUCUAAAAAGACCCUAUUUUCAAAUAAGGUCAUGUUCACAGUUUUCCGGGGUUAGUAUUUAAAAUAUAUCUUUUUGGAGACACAAUUUAACCAAUAACAACUUUUUUGUGGAAGUAUUUUAUACAUUGUAAGCACUAUGUGUAAUUAUUUAACUCAAAUUUAGUUAUUGUUUUAACAAAUAGUUAGAAGUCUAAGGGAUACUAUUCCAUAUCAAAACAGUGUGCUUUUAGAUUUGGUAGAGUGGGUUUGGGCUUACUAAGGAACUUUUGGUAUUUAUGAGUGCUCUGUUAAGCUAAGCGGCAUGGUUGAAAAUCCUUCCCAUAAUAAAAUAUUGUGUUUAUUGAUUCAGCUUUAAUAUAAAUAUGCAUUAUAGCAGCACAUAUUUUAAAAAUACAUUUAUCAGGACUUUUCAAUGCAAAGGUUAUUAUCAACAUAUGGUAUUAUGGUAAGUACCAGAGACAAGUUAUAUAAAACCUGAUCAAGAAUAAAGAAGCCACUCAAAGUGAAAGCAGUGUCCAGGAUCAUUUGCUUGGUUGAGUAUAUUAAUUCUACAGAUUUCACUAAAAGCAAGGACAAAAAUAUUUUCUUCCUCAAUAAUUACUUCAGGGAUAGAAGUGUUCACAGAGGCCAUAUAUCCAAGGUCAUGGAAUUAUAUGCUCUGUGGAACAUACUUUCCCUCUUGUUCAUUGCCAUUGAUCCUAGAGAUAAUCCCAACCAACCUCUUGUAAAUGCAAAGUCACCAGAUCAUUUUAAAUAUGUGAAUAGUUUGGCAAGAACUCGUUACUUUUGCUAAAACCAUAAAGUACCUACCUUGUACUUGUGGGUAAAAAAUGGCAUUUGGAAAGGUAAAAUAUUAUCGUAGUUCCUUCUUAUUUGUGGUUUUGCUUACUGCAGUUUCAGUUUCCUGCUGUCAACCGUGGUCUGAGAAUAUUAAAUGGAAAAUUUCAGAAAUAAAAAAUUUGUUAAGUUUUAAAUUGUAUGUCAUUCCAAGUAGUGUGAUUCCUUCCCACUCUGUUCCUCCUGGGACAUGAAUCAUCCCUUCGUCUAGCAUAUACAUGCUGUAUAUGCCACAUGCUUGCUACUGUAAAGGAAAAAACAUAGUUAGGUUUUCCCCCUGUAUCCAUGGGUUUUGCAUCCAUGGAUUCAACCAACCUGGGGUGGAAAAUAUUUGAAAAAAAAAAUGAGUGGUUGUGCCUGUACUAAACAUGUACAGACUAUUGUCGUUAUUUCCUAAACAAUGCAGUAUAACUACUAUUUACCUAGCAUUUAUAUUAUAGUAGGUAUUACAAGUAAUCCAGAGAUGUUUUAAAGUUUACAAGAGGAUGUGUGUAGGUUAUAUACAAAUACUUUACCAUUUUAUAUAAGGAACUUGAGCUUUUGUGCUCAAGUUUAGUUAACCUGCAGAGUCCUUAAACCAAUCCCCAAAAGAUGCUGAGGAACAACUGUAUAAAUAGCGUUCAGUACUAUCCACAGGUUCAGACAUCUGCUGGGGAUCUUGGAUCAUAUCCCCAGCAGAUAAGGGGAAACUACUGUAUUUUCACUGUGUUAUUUAUGCCCACCCCUGACCACACUCAUUUGAACCCAAACAAACCCAUACAAUUCUAAACUUUGGGUAAAGUGAAACCAUAUUAACACUAUAUAUAGUUUUUUGUUUGUUUGUUUUUGUUUUUUGAGAUGGAGUCUCAGUCUGUCACCAGGCUGGAGUGCCAUGGUGCGAUCUUGGCUGACUGCAACCUCCAACUCCCUGGUUCAAGCGAUUCACCUGCCUCAGCAUCCCAAGUAGCUGGGAUUACAGGCACGCAGCACCACACCAAGCUUAUUUUUGUAUUUUUAGUAGAGACAGGAUUUCACCAUGUUAGCCAGGAUGGUCUCGAUCUCCUGACCUCAUGAUCCACCCUCCUCGGCCUCCCAAACUGGGAUUUCAGGCGCGAGCCACCGGUCCUGGCCAAAUAUAGAUUUUAAUGUAACUAAUUAGCUCUUAGAUUGGGGUGUGUUCAUUUAUUUUAAUUUCAGUCAUAAUGAAUUAUAAUACUAAAAUAGAAGAGAGCAGCAGCUCAAAGUUCUGAUGCUUAUUCAAUAAGUAAACACCAUUCCAUCCUGAAGAAUUCACUUGAUAUCUGUUUGCUACAGGAUUCAAAGAAUCAUAGAAUCACUCAUUUGAGUGGACUUAAAAGUCAGCUAGUAUAAAUUUUCAGCCACAGCUUCAUAAAUAAAUGAAUAAAUUUGUUGCUUUAUUUCAUUAAUCUAAUUGGAGUUCAACCAGACUUAACACAGGACGAAACUUUUUUUACUGGCAUGGAGGUGGGAGUGGGACUGAGUUGUUAAUCAGGAUUCUGAACAAUAAUAAGAGGUAAGUAAAAGCAGGGAGUAAUAAUGGAGGCAAAGUGCCUAGUGUGUGUCAUACUACUACUUCUAUGCACUGGAAGGUCACCAAGGAGGAAAAAUACUUUUUCUUUGUUAUAAUUAACCACUAUCUAGUUUAUUCCGGACAAUGAGUUAAUUUCAUUUAACUCUUAUGGGAUUUCACUAUAUUAAUAUUGAUAAAGUAAAAGCAGUUCUGCUAUUAGAACUGAGCAGGGAGCUGAUAAUUCAAAUGGAAACUACACUAUGCAAGACUGUACUAUAAUUUAUAAAACAGAUGAACUAUACCAAGUAAUGACAUGCAUGACUAUCUAUCCUGCAAAUGACAUGCAAAAACUGUCUAAACGCAUACUCUUCUAAUAUUAGCUUACUUAAAUCUAUAUACACCAUCUCAAAACCACAGACAAUAGUAACUCCUCACAGAUUAAUGUGGUUCCAGAAAUUCCUAGGUUUGCAAAUCCAGCCUGAUCCCUACCAAUUCAAUGGUCUCCCUGGUGAUGUGGUCUCCUUGCAGUAGCAUGCUAUUAAACCUAGUUUAACAAACUAUAUAGUUGGGUUCCAAUGGCCUUUAGUAGUAUAAUAUCAAGAAUAAUUCUGAACACAGUAUUGUCACAUUACAGCAAAAAAGAUGGUCUUCCAUCAGAGUAGUCUAUGCCUCAUUAACUGAACCAACUCUAACUUUCUCAUCUUGGAUCAUCUUUCUUUUCCUCCUGUAUGUCAUUUUCAUAAUACCAGAAUACUUUUUCCAUUCUAAUUCCUGUAUAUGUUCUUAUAUUUGAUUUUCUUAAAAUUGUUAUUCAUUUUCUUUUCCAUUACAUUUUGAUAAUACAUAUAAUUUACAUAUACACAUUUACUUUGCACAUUACAUAUAAUGGUAGAGGCAAAAUCUUUUUUAUUUGUUGCAAACUAUGUUAGAUUUUGAGAGGCUUCCAAAAUAAAAUAAUAAGUGUCUUCAAGUAACUUAAAUUAUCAUGAUCUUAACAUACAUGUGAAAAGACAACUAUAUACGUAUAAAUGUGAAAAUACGCUGAGGCCAAGGUACAAAUGUGAAAGUGUACUGAGGCCAAAGGUAUUAGAAAAAUAUAUAAAUGAGUAUAUCUCAACUCUCAGACUAUGGUUUAUUAUCAAUAUUUUUUGUUUUUGUUUCCUUGUAAGGAAUGUUACCACAUUAAAUAUGUAUUUAUUCUGUUUUACAGAGUAGUGGUUUGUUUUAUAUUUUAUCCUUUUAUUGCCAAAGUUGACUAUGUGAAAUGUAUUAUGAAUCUUUCUGAUGUUACAGUUUCCUUAAUAUGAAAUUCAAAGGUAUUAGCCAUUAAAAGUUAUAAACUAGCUGAUUAAUGGUUCUUAUUUUUCAUUAUAAUAUAUGAUGCAUUUAUACUAAUUAUUUUACUUACCUUUGACUUUGGUUCACUUAUUUAAUAUUUAUAAGUUUUAGUUUCCUCCUGGGUUGUUGGAAAGAUUAAAUCAGAUGAUUCACUUAAAGCUCCUCAUGAAAGGUCUGACAUUUAAUAAGCAUUGUCUUUGGAGUUAUUAUUUAUCACACAUUUAUUGAGCACCUACCAUCUGACAAGCACUCUUCACAGUACUGGGAAGUUAAAGAGGUAUAGUACACUUUUUAUUAAUGAACAUUUCAAGGUUUAAUUAUCUGGAGAAUGCAAAAUCAUAUGGGUUAUUUUAAAGAGUGCUGAAAGGCUGUCUUGUCUCGAUGGUUGGAAGUAGAUUAAGAGAAGGAUGGUGAAGGUAAGUGAAAUUAGUCACUGUGGUUAUAAAGGAAGGUAAAUUUUAAAAUUAGCAGGACACCCAAUAGUAUCAACAUAGAAUAAAAAGAAAAUGUAUACAGAAUCCUGAAAGAUACAAAGAUCUUUUCCAUAUGCUAUAAGAUAAAGAUAUGAACUUCAUUAACUUUUUACAAUAAUAAUUAAAGAAGAUAAUUUUAAUGGAAAAGAUAUAAAGUCUGUGCUAUAGGCAUUUUCUUCUAGAAACUAGACAAUUUUUGAUUAAAUCACACUGGAAAUGGAAUAAGUGUAAACCGAAUUGUACAUGAAGAAACAUCAGAUUUUAUCGUGGGCUGACUAUAAGUCUCAAAGGAGUAAAAGAAGGAAUUUUGUGACAUUUAGGUAUCUGAUUUGGUAAUAUGUAAAAGCCAACUAUAAACAUGUUAAAUGUGUUUAAUCUUGGGAAUAAAAAAAAUCAAGAAGAGAGGAACAAGAUUAAGCAAAUGAUAUUGAAGCUGAGAUAUCAAGAAACAUGUUGGUUCACUCACAUGGUCAGACUGUCUAUUAGAAAGUCAAAAAUAACAGAUGUUGGCAAAGCUGCAGAGCAAAAGGAACACUUAUAUACUGUUGGUAAGAAUGAAAAUUAGUUCAGCCACUGUGGAAAGCAGUUUGGAAUUUUCUCAAAGAACUAAAAAUAGAAGUACCAUUGGGCCCAGCAAUUCUAUUACUGGAUGUAUACCCAAAGGAAAAUAAAUCAUUCUACCUGAGAGACACAUGGACUUGGAUGUUCAUCGCAGCACUAUUCACAAUAGCAAAGACAUGGAAUAAACCUAGGUGCCCAUCAGUGGUGGAUUGGAUAAAGUAAAUGUGGUACAUAUACAUCAUGGAAUGCUAUGUGGCCAUAAAAAGGACCAUGUUUUUUGCAGCAACAUAAAUGCAUCUGGAGGUCAUUAUCCUAGGCAAAUUAAUGCAAAAACAGAAAACCAAAUAUCACAUGUCCUCACUUAUAAGUAAAAGCUAAAUCUUGAGUAUAUAAGGGCAUAAAGAUGGAAACAAUAGACAUUGGAGACUCCAAAAAAGGGAAGGAGGGGGAAAGGGCUGAAACACUUGUUAUUGGGUACUAUGUUCACUAUCUUGAGUGACAGGAUAAAUAGAAGCCCAAGCCUCAGUAUCAUACAAUAUACCCCUGUAACAAACAUGAGUAUGUACCUCCCUGAAUCUAAAAUAAAAAUGGAAAUUCAAACUUUAAAAAUAAUAAUAAAAUAAAAUGGUUUUCCAUGGGGAGGAAUAGGACUAGGGAGUAAGAACAAAAAUGCAUUUAAAAAACACAUUAGUCCUAAAUCUCCCUUUCCUUUGUACCCCCAAAAGAGCCCACUCACUCAUUGAUCUUUAGAUCACAGUGCAUUAUUUUACUCUAUUCUUAUUUAUUAAAGAUGUAGCUUAUUUUAUUCAAUUCUCAGUCCCUCUCUAAAUAUUCUAGAAGAGUUUUGUACCUGAAGUCGGUAUUUUUGCUGUCUUUAUUUUCUUUUUAAAUGUGUAAUAAGCAGUAUAUAUUUGAUAAUCUAUCCAAAGUCUCUUAUGUAUGGUAGUAUUAGUAUUCUUUUUUUUUCAUUCUGAUAUAUAUUUUUAUUAAAUUUUUACAUUAUUUACAAAUUUGUAUGCUUCAUUAUAAUAACAAAGCAUUUAUUAUUUAUUAGAAUAUACAAGUAUGUUGUGACCCGAUGGCUGGAAAAUGCUGCUCUGGAGAAAUUAACACUGGCUAGGCAGGUGAGAAGAGGUGUAGGAAGCCCAAGGCUUAUAUACAUACAACAAGGCCCUGUAAGUAUGAUUGCUCUGCCACUCCCUUCUGGCCUGCUAUUGAAUUGGUCAUCUCUCAACACCACACAUCAAUCUUGGGCCUGACCUCAGCAAUGUCACUUUGAUCGUGUCCCUUCAGGGCAUAGUCUAAAGGCUGCUGGGCUAGUUAGUAACCUGACCUUGCUCUCAGUAUUCUGGAGUGAUCAAUAUUACCGUACAGAGGCCAUUGCAUGACACUCACUGGUGAUCCACCGGCUGGUAUCGCAGUCACACUGAGAAACCGAGGUACGGAUGGAGAAUGCUGUACCUCAAAGCCAUUUGCCUCCUAGAAGUGUCCAAUUCAGUGAUUCUGGAUCUUAUCUGUCAUAGUCUACCUUAUUUAAGACCCUGUGGGAACUCCAGUUUCUCAAUCCUUGCUCCUGUAGUAUUCUUUUCAACAUCAAUUUUCUUGAGAUACUGCUAAAAGCGGUAUAUUUUUCUCUUAUACUUUACAAAAAUUGUCUUUACAUUAUGAAUCUUCACAAUGAUGAAACUAAAAAUAUUCAAUGACUGGUGCUCCAGAAUUUCCCGCAUGAUUUAUACAGCUAAAUCCUUGCUACAGUAUAAAAACUGCAAUAUUUAUUCAUAGCCUUGAAGUGAUUGAAAAGAAGAGGUUGUCAGGUAGGGUCUUGAUCAGAAUGUGUCUAAGAAGCUCCAUCACAUUUGUCGGAUAAGUUUUUGAGGUUGACAUUUUCUGGGCACAGCAGUUUAACCUGACAUUGGUUUGCAAAGCUUAAUAAAAAGAUUUUGCAAACCACAUUAGUUCAAAUAGCAAUAAAACAUUGGCUUUAGGUUUUUUUUAUUGAUUUGACAUCAGCUCAGAAGAAGGCAGGAGUAUGAAGGUCAAUUUUUUUCUUAAGGUAUUUUGUAGAGACCUGUUCUAAUAACAGCUCAGAUAUUACAAUAGCUAAGCAUUUCAGGCUUGUGUGCAGUAAUAUCCUUUUGCAUGAAAAGUUGCCCAACUUUCUAGCUAACCAAACGUCAAAGCAUGUACUUGGGCUGUAAACUAAUUGGUAGCAAAACUCAUUAAGAAUUCUGGUUGCAGUAAUAGCUUUUCUUCUAUUGCCAUUGCCUUUAAUGAGAAGCAGAACAACAGAAGCCACAUUACUGGCCUGACAAUUCGUUCUAUUGAUUUAUUAUGCCUGCUCUGCUGCCAUCUACAUGAAGGGACUAUAAAACAUUAGACUGGUAUUAGUAAAUUUGACUUCUGCAAAUAUAGUAAAAAGAGGCUAGUGCUUAGAUGUGAUACCACUGCAUGACAGUUUACCUUCUUUUUUUUUUCCCAGUGGAGUUCACUGUCUAAAACAUAGAUAAGGAAUACAUAUUCAGAAAAUCAUUAUUAUAGACAAUUUUUAUUUCAAUCAUGGAAAUAAAUAGAUAUUGCAUUUAACAAAUUUUCUAAACACAUUUUUUGCCAAAUUUAAUUGAAUUUCAU